UCGAGAAUUACAGAAGACAAAAUUAGAGAGCUGUGCAGUCAAGUUGUGGGAAGAGACAAUGUUGUGGAAAGAGUAAAGAAGAUAAGAGGUUUUGCAUUCAUUCAUUUUAGAGACAGAGAUGAUGCUAUUAUGGCCAUGACUAAACUUAAUGGAAUGAAUGUUGAAGGCACUUGCAUUGAGGUUGUAUGGGCAAAAGGAAGAAAUCAGGCUAAUCAGGACUGUCACUUGGAUGAGGUUGAUAGAGCAUACAACAGAGGCCAGGAAGCAUUGGAAUCUUGGAAGCAGAAAGAAGUAUCAUAUGUCAGGGGCUAUGGCUAUGAUUUUGAUCCUAGUUACUCUCCACCAUCGUUUUACAACCCGAUGUCUCCACCACCCGCAAGCAGGGGGUUGGCAGAGCAAGGUCCCAUGGGCAUCAGAAGCCCUGUGGGAGGCCAAGGGAUGAUGAGUGGGUGGGGCUUUAGGAAACAUCCAGCAGAGGUGCUCGAUGACCUUUGCCAGAAGAAUGGAUGGGGAAGUCCUGUAUACGAGCUUCAGUCUCCCAUGGUAAGGGAUGGAAGUGGUGCCCAACAGCUCUUUUUGUACAAGAUCACCAUACCAGCUCUCGGUACUCGGUUUCCAAAUCCUAACCCAUUUACCCCAAUUAAACUGUGUUCUACUGUUGAGGAGGCAAAGGUUUUUGCAGCAGAGUACACUUUGAUGCAGUUAGGUGUGCCUCUUGAAGCCCUAGAGUACAUUGGCCCACCAUAUCCUUACACCCAGCCCAGCUAUGUCACCCACCCCGACCCACCUUCCAACAGAUCAUGUGAAAAGCCAUGGAUGGACCUAAGGUACAUGUAUAUUGAUCCGGCACUUCAAUCUCUAAGACAAUGGAUAUACAUGUAUAACUUGUACUUGAUUAGGGCCUGGACACUAAACACCUGCCUAAACACGGCUCGCGUGAGAAAGUUUAAACAUGGCAACUUCAAGAUAUCACUUGUUCGAUCAGCCAGAAGAAAUUGACUUCCUAGCCGUGUUCCUUGGAGCAGGAGGCGGAACCUGUGAGGACAAUGGAAAAUAAAAGAAUCAAGAGAAAGGUCAAUCCUACAAAACACACCUUUUGUGUGUUAUGCAAGAAUAAUGGCGAGAUGCUGUCGGUGUAUGGUAUGCACGUUUUGCAGGAUGACUCCGGUCGUGUGACAUGUCCAAUCCUUUGGCGUUACACCUGUCCUAUAUGUGGGGCAGUCGGGGAUAACGCACACACCGUCAAAUACUGUCCCAACAACGUGAACCGAGAAAGGCAACUAAGGAAUUACUUGAAACAAAGCUUCUUGGAAUUAAAAGACGCAGUUCCAGCGCUCAUACAACAGGAAAGGGUACCAAGAGUGGUUAUAUUGAAAAAAGCCACAGACCACAUUCAUGAUUUAACUACGAAGCAAAAUGUUAUGUUGACAGAACUGCAAAUACAGAGAGAGCGAAUUAGCAGCUUAUUGGAAAGCUGCGGUUACUACAGUGUUGAAAGCUUGUACAUUACCUGUCGUCGUGCCCUUGUGUUCAUGUGAUUGUCAUUGCAAGACGGAGAGGCGUGAAGCGAUCACAGUUUGAUACUUGGUUACCAUUAUUACCAUGCCUUGCUGCCCAGCUUACCACAAGUGGUAGGGGUUUUACCACUAACAGGACUGACUGAUUGUUUCAUUAUGUUGUGAACUCGUUUUGAUUUUCAUUUUGCAGAGGUAUAUAUUUCCAUUAUUGAAGAGAAGUUGUUCUUUAUGGUGCAAUUUCAUACAUGCCCUACUUGGGUAUUAGUGCUAACAUUAACUGUAUGGGACUUCGCUGCUCGCAUUGAUUUAACUGGAACUCUUUAUCAUCAAGCAUUUGAAAGUUGUUGUUUUUGUUUGUUUCCAUUUUCUUGCUGUUAAAAGAUUCAUCUUUUUUUUUACUAUUUUUAAUCCAUUUAAGAAAACAGCUUGCAUGACGUUUUCAUUUUGCAAGAAGACUAGUUUUUGUGUAGCAUUUUAUUUUUUUUUCUUACGACAAACAGUGGCUGUGACUUUUUUUGAGUGCGAGACCCAUGUACUGUGUACAGUUGACGUUUGUGUUGGAAAACCAUUGUUGUAUUUUAAAUGGCUUGCUGUGAGCAUUUCAUUCCAUUUUUGUCUCAUGUUGAGGGUCUGUCCCUGUGAGUGUACAUAUCCAGGCAGCGAAAUUUGGCGCGAACGAAACCGUCGGUCGCGCAACGGUUACGUGCGGUUCAAUUUGGCUAACCGGAAAAUCGGUUAGGCCAACUGUCCAACGAGAACGUCCUUAGAGUCAGUGUGCAUUAGGUAACUACAGAUAAACUGGACUGAACAGCUUUCAUAAUCACAACGCGGCCAGUAUGGCAACGCGUCUAAAAAUAGAAACAUCGAUUUCAGCCACAGCCAGCUGCCUGUGCUGGUCACAUGGAAAUGUAAUCAUUCAUAUAUGCUUUACAGGCUUUGAGAUAAUACUCAAAUUAUUUAUUUUGACUUAUCUUUUCACGAUCACGCAAGUAAAUAAAACAAGGUUACCUUUUCAUGUACAUGUAGUUUAACUGCUACUCCAGCCCAAAUUAGUCGAGUCUACCGUACAGAUUGAUGGAACCCUUACGGGACCUC